UGCUGUCCAUGGCCAUUGUCUUCACCUUCACACCUGGCUCAGCUCUGCUCCUGCUGGUUUGCCCCAUCACCAGCUUCUAUCCAUGGCCCAUCAGUGUGGCCUUGCUGUGGGAUGGCCAGGAGGUGACAAAGAGGCAUGAGCCUCCUCACUGCUGCCUCCUCCUCCUUCUCCUCUACCUCCUCCUCCUCUCUGGGACACGUGCAGACCUGGAGGGGACCUUCACUAUCCGGCUGCUCCAGACCUCCAUCUUCCAAAACACCUCCUUCAUUGACACAGAGGGGCUGGGCCUGCUGGAAGACAUCGAGCUCGGUUCUCUUGCUAAGCACACCUGGACAAUCUGCUUCUACCAGUCCUGGGUUCGCCCAGCCCUGCCCCGCAGUGACUGGGACACCAUUGACAACAUGAUCAAGAUUUAUUUGCAGAAGUUCAACCACCUGAUCAAUGAAGGUGCCAUGCAGAAGGAAGUGCCCUACCCCUUCGUGGCCCAAUGCAUGGCAGGCUGCAAGCUCUACCCCAACAGGACCUCUCAGGGCUUUGCCUAUGUGGGCUACAAUGGCCAGGACUUCCUCAGCCUCAAUGUGGAUGAUGCCUCCUGGCUCCCCUCCCAAGACACCAGCCUGUCAUGGUAUGUCCAGGACAUUCUCCAGACCUACACCGCCUUCAGCGAGCUGGUGGAAGUCCUCUUCAAUGAUAUCUGCAUUGACGACAUGGAGGUGUUACUGCACUACGGGAAGGCAGUUCUGGAGAGACAGGAGCUGCCCGUGGCCACGGUCUUCGCCCGCAAACCCAGCCCAGCUCAGCUCCCGCUGGUUUGCCGUGUCACCGGCUUCUACCUACGGCCCAUCAGCGUGGCCUGGCUGCGGGAUGGCCAGGAGGUGCCACCAGGCCCGGCACUCAACACCAGCGCCAUCCUGCCCAACGCUGACCUCACCUACCAGCUCCGGACCUCAGAUGUGGUGCUGAUUGCAGGGCUCGGGGCCGGGCUGCUGGCAGCUGUGGUGGUGGCUGCCAUCAUGGCACUUUGGGUGUGGAGACACAGGAAGCACCAGCAGAUGGAAGAAUCAGAGUCCAGGAACUCCAUCCUGAGCAAAGAAUCUUAG